AUGAAGAAGCAAAACGUCCGGACCCUGUCGCUCAUCCUCUGCAUGUUCUCCUACCUGCUGGUCGGCGCCGCGGUGUUCGACGCGCUCGAGUCCGAGUCGGAGAGCUCCCGCCGGCGCAUCCUGGAGCAGAAGCGCAGCGAGAUGAAGAAGAAGUACCGCUUCUCCGAGGGCGACUACCGUGAGAUCGAGCGGGUGGUGCUGCAAGCUGAGCCCCACCGAGCCGGCAGGCAGUGGAAAUUCGCCGGCUCUUUUUACUUUGCCAUAACAGUCAUCACCACCAUUGGUUAUGGACAUGCAGCACCGGGCACAGAGGCAGGAAAGGUCUUCUGCAUGUUCUACGCCGUGCUGGGCAUUCCUCUCACUCUGGUCAUGUUCCAGAGUCUGGGAGAAAGGAUGAACACAUUCGUCCGCUACCUCCUGCACAAGACCAAGCAGUGCAUAGGCUUCCAACGCACCGAGGUGUCCAUGGAGAACAUGGUCCUGGUGGGCUUCCUGUCCUGCAUCGGAACACUGUGUGUGGGAGCUGCGGCUUUCUCCUACUUUGAAGGAUGGACCUUCUUCCAUGCCUACUACUACUGCUUCAUCACGCUCACCACCAUUGGCUUCGGGGACUUUGUGGCCCUGCAGAAAAAGGACGACCUCCAGGAGAAGACGCCCUAUGUGGCCUUCAGCUUCCUGUACAUCCUGGUUGGGCUGACCGUCAUCGGGGCCUUCCUCAAUCUGGUGGUGCUUCGCUUCCUCACCAUGAACACUGAGGAUGAGCGGAGAGACGCUCAGGAAAGGGCAUCGCUGAAGAGGGACAGGGGCCUUUUGGAUGGGGCCGUGAGCCUCCAUGUCGGGGGUGAGCAGAGCAGAGGCAGCCACAGGGGGAGGAGCAGGAGCAACGUGGUGCGCAGCCACAGCGCACUCUUCCUCCCCAUGGAGGAAGGAACCAGCCGCACCAACCUCAUCGCUUUCCCAGCCGAGGAUCAGGAGAGGAGAAGAAGCCCCUGCAGACACAGGCUGCAUUUUCAGAUCAAGGCAGGAAGAGUCAGGCCGGAGUCGAGCCUCAGCUCCCUCUGCUCCUGUGUGUGCUACCGCUUAGGGGUCUGCGAUAGUCCCCUCAUGUCCCACAGUGAACACCACCGCUGCCAUAUCAAUUCUGUUUAUUACAACUCAGUGUCCUACAAGAUCCAGGGCUGCUCGCCGGGUUCCAGGGACAACACUGGACUCUCCUCCCCAGGCAGCACGCUCUCACCCGGGCACAGCUUCCGGGAGUUCCCCCGCUCAAGGAGAAGGUCGGUGUGA